AUGCUUUUCGAUUCUAACAUGUGGCUCACAGAGCGCCAAAAAUACGGUGUUGUGCUGACCGCCGCUGGCGUGGUGUUCUUCAUCCUCGGAAUCUUGACCUUCUUUGACUCCAGUCUUUUGGCCAUUGGAAACCUUCUUUUCGUGAUUGGCGUCAUUCUCAUCAUUGGCCCUACCAGAACCAUAUACUUCUUCGCCAGACCCACGAAAAUCAGACCCACGAUAUUUUUCUUUGGCGGCAUCACCUUGAUUUUGUUCAAACACUCGUUCAUUGGAUUCAUUGUGGAAGGAGUGGGCAUUCUCUCACUUUUCGGUGACUUUUUGGGUACUAUCGUGCAAUUUUUGAGAAACGUUCCUGUUUUAGGAGGAAUAUUAAGACAUCCAGCCGUGGAGCCUUACGUGAACCGUUUCGCUGGACUCGACACUCUUCCCGUUUAA